UGGGGGGGCGGAGGUCGAAGAAAAAAAUCUCACUAUAUUACAAGUACUGCCACUUUUCUUUCUGUCAUUUAUUCUUCUGUUCCACUCUCACACCCUGUAGCGCUUUGGAAGUCUUAGGAGCUCGGUCGGGACCGUUUAUGAACUAUAUUGUAGGCUAAUGUGAGUGGGAUAACAAUAAUAAUAACCGCAGGUUAAUAAUAGUCAUAAAAUCUGUUGCAUAUGGAUUAUUUAUAUAAGAACAGUGUACAAUUACACAUGCAUAGAUAUAUAUAUAGAUAGAUGGAUAGAUGUUGUUUUACACUCUCUGAAAAAAGAUGUGGAGACUGCGCAUUCACAUUUGUCUAGCCUAGUUGUGUAGCUACACCUUAUCGGACAAUCCAAAACAAGCCGCAUGUCACUCUUUUUGCUACUUACAUUACUUCUAGUACACUGGAGAUCAUGGUGUAAAGUAAAGUUUAAUUCCCAGUUAAUCUCAAAUUAAGUAAACUUUCACAAAUGUACUUGACCCAAAAGUACAUUUCUUAAUAAACGGCAUUUGUCAGGCCUAUAUUGCAACGAUGAGGGAAUAUAACCUGCUACUUGUUUCAUGAAUGCAAAAAAUAAAAGUAUGUGUAACUUUCUACACAACUGUCGUGCCUCCAAUAGGAAACAAAUAAGGCUCACGUACAGAACUCAAGUAAUGUCCCGUAGCCUCACCUGCAAAUAAUGCCUCGCUAACCAAUCAAAUUUAACCAAUGAAACGAACUAACAUUUCCAAUCCUCAAAUGUGCCAAUCAACAGACAUCUAGCCAAUUAACUCCUUUCACUGCAGUCACGUGACGGAGAGUGCGCUGUGCUCUCAUUGGCUAUCGUAGAGCUGCCUCCCGAGUUCAUUUAUGUGCAAGGAGUGAGUGAUUGACUUCAUCAGUCCAAGGACAUCAUUCGGCUGGAAAGGGGGGGAAGUUUGAUCCUGUUUCUCACGGAUCACAGUUACGGGAGUUUCUCUCCCCCGCUCAACGAGCUCCAGGAUUUUCUUCUUAACUUUUGAAUUUUUCGUGUAGGUCUAGCUGAACAACGUUGUGUAGAGUAACAGAUUUCGCAGACGCUAUAACUGAGCUCCGCUAACACGGGGUUUCAAUUGUAUUUGCUCCCUUUUCGUUUCCUUUUGUCAUUUGAGCCCAAUGACUAUGCUCCUUGACAGUGGUCCUCAAUUCCCAUCGCUAGGAGUUGGGGGGUUCGGAGCACCGAGGCACCAUGAACUCGGGAACAGAGACCCGGGGCUGGGACUAAAUCCCUUCGCUGAUUCGUCCCAUUCGGCCGCUUUCAAGCUCAGUCCGGUGACCCACGAUAUCGCAUCUAGUCAGACGUCCGCUUUUACUCCGCAAGCUACUGGAUAUGCAGCCGCGCUGGGGCACCACCACGGCGGACAGGUGGGCUCCUACGGCGGUGGACCGUUCAAUUCAACCCGAGACUUUCUCUUCAGAAACCGUGGAGGUGGCAUCGGGGAGUCAGCAGCUACGAGUGCCCAGCAUGGGAUCUUUGCUGCUUCCGCGGGGAGUCUACAUGGACCCCCAGGAAUCUCUGACAACCCGGGACAUCUGUUGUUUCCUGGGCUCCACGACCAGGCAGUAAGCCACACAUCACCGAGCGGACAUGUAGUUAACAGUCAAAUGCAUCUUGGUUUACGCGGGGACAUUUUUGGAAGACCAGACCCGUACCGUCCCGUUGCGAGUCCUCGGACGGACCCUUACGGCACUGCUCAGCUGCAUAACUACAACCACCCGAUCAAUAUGAACAUGGGGAUGAAUGUGCCGACACACCACGGCCCAGGGGCUUUCUUUAGAUACAUGAGGCAGCCUAUAAAGCAAGAAAUGUCCUGUAAAUGGAUUGACGAGAACCAGAUGAACCGACCCAAAAAGACUUGCGAGAGGACUUUCAGUACCAUGCAUGAGAUGGUAACGCAUGUUUCCAUGGAGCACGUUGGCGGCCCGGAGCAGAGUAACCACAUUUGCUUCUGGGAGGAUUGUCCCCGAGAAGGAAAAUCUUUUAAGGCCAAAUACAAACUCGUCAAUCACAUCCGCGUACACACUGGAGAGAAACCCUUCCCGUGUCCGUUCCCAGGCUGUGGGAAAAUAUUUGCCAGAUCGGAAAAUCUGAAAAUUCAUAAAAGAACUCAUACAGGAGAGAAACCGUUCAAGUGUGAGUUCGAUGGCUGCGACAGACGCUUCGCCAACAGUAGCGACAGGAAAAAGCACAUGCACGUGCACACUUCUGACAAGCCCUACAUCUGCAAAGUGUGCGACAAGUCCUACACACACCCCAGCUCUCUCAGGAAACACAUGAAGGUACACGAGUCACAAGGCUCAGAGUCGUCUCCUGCAGCAAGUUCUGGAUAUGAGUCGUCCACACCCCCAGUUUUAGUCUCAGCGAACACAGAGGACCCCACGAAAACCCCCCCGUCUGCCGUGCACAACACAUCUGCACACAACGAUGGACUAGCGCCCAACUUUAAUGAAUGGUACGUUUGAAGUGACAAACAAGCUCUCUAUAUGGACCACAAGAGUAAGGAAACCUUCAAAACUAUUCAAGGUGUACAAAAUGGCAUGGGAACAACAUGGAGAGAUAACAGUUUGCCAGCAGGCCUCGUCCUUUCUCAGGAUUCGAAAAAAUUGACUUUUAUUCCGAGUUCGAAGAAACAAAUCAUAAAUAAAAUACUUUCUAAGAAUAAAUAAAAUGUUUUUCACUUUUAGUUUUCAGGUUUCAGAUAAUUAUUUUAUUUUUCAUUUUAUGUAUUUUCUCAAAAUUUUAUUUAAAAAAUAAAAGGAAGAAUAUUUCACGGUGUUUUAUAUUAAGGUGAGAGUUCACUCUCACCUUUUAAUUGAUUGUUACAACUUCAAACAGUCUUAAGAAACGUGCCAAAGUCUUUGUCUUGAACUUGAACAAGAAAAUAAAUCAUAAAUAAGUAUAUAGCCUACUCGUGAAUGUAUUUCCUUGUUUGAUGGGGUCGAAUCUGUUGUCCACGUCCGUUUCAGGUGGAGAAGUGUGAUGUUAGGUUACGAUUGUUACAUUUGAAUAUAACGUUGCCUUUUGUUAAUAACGAUGUAAAUACAUAUCCAUGAUGCCAUAUUUAUCAAUUUGUAAUUUAAUUAUCGGCGUAAGGUCCGAAUCUUAAAUGAUAUUUAUGGAAAUAUUUUCUAACAAGACUGUACAGUUUUGGGUCAUAACCAGUUUAACAUUGAAGACAAAAUCAUUAACUCUAAAGCUCCAAUUCUGCAACUGUAUCUUUUUCACACAACAAAUGUGUCUUAUUUGGAGAAAAAUAUCAAUUACAUAAAUAUUAUUGAUUGACAUUUGUUUAUAUAAUGUUUUUACUUUACUGCCAUUCUUUUUAGCUUGUGAGACCAUUGACAAACAUGUGAAGCAUAAAUUCUGUAGUUGAUAAAUUAUAUAAAGCACGUCUAUCGACAUGCUUAUCAUUUUGAUCAAAUUAACUACUUUUUAUGUAUUUACUUUAGCAUCAGAGCGUAGAACUAAUUUGUAAAAAGCAAAGCUUACCUACAAAUUCCAAGGGCCCUUCAGCCACUUGCAUUCAUUCCUUGCAUUAUGAUCAGAUUCUCAGAAAAGCUGUACCAGAUCAUAUAGUUUUCAUUCAUGAAGUGUAAACACGUGUGACAGUGUACAAACGACCAUUUCUAAAUUCUUUGGGACGAGCCCAACCAUGAGUCCGUAUCCAUUUAUUGAUGGUUCCAGCAGCUACUGUCUUUGUGGAUGCAAGUAGCUACGUGUUUAAAUGUGUCCAUUAACAAUGAACUGUCACAACACAGUAAUUUCAAAAUAAAAGUUUUUUGUCUGUCAGCUUGCAUUGUUUUAAAUGUAGCUCUUCUGUGAAUAUUAGCGUGUUAUUCGUUAUGGAAACUGUGGUUGUUACAUAUAGAAGAGUCUUAUUUGCUUGUUUUAUGUGAAUAACCUUUCAAGAUGACCUGUUUGUGCGAUCACAACUUUAGUCUGAAGAGUACUAGAUAUAUGUUUCAUGAGGGGAAAUAUGUUUGAUGGCACAAAGAGUUACAGCAUUGCAUUGUAACCUAUUUUUAAGAAUUGAAACUUAUGCAUAUACAAAUAUAUUGUGCUUAUGAGACGAUUUCAGAACACCAGCACUACUUUUAAAAAGAAAAUGUUAACAGCACCUCGUAAGCAACAAUGAUAUAUUAAAUAUGUUUAUUUAAAUAAUUUAAUGAAUAUAUGUUUUAUAAACUAUUUUCUAUACAUUAA